UUCGUCGUUGACAGAAGGAAGGAAGCAACCGACCAAAUCCAAUCCAAUCCCAGCAGAGGGGAUGAUGGGGAAGGGAGAGGCCCCGGCUCCGCGUGAGCCCGAGGAGGAGGAGGAGGACACCGGAGGCGUCGUCAAGCUCAUCAGCGCCGAGGGUUUCGAGUUCGUCGUCGAUAAGAAGGCGGCCAUGGUCUCCAACACCCUGCGCAACAUGCUCACAUCGCCAGGCGGAUUCUCCGAGACACGCCAGGGCGAGGUCCGCUUCCCGGAGAUCUCUACCCACGUCCUCGAGAAGAUCUGCCAGUACUUCUACUGGUCGCUCCAUUACUCCAGUGGGAAGGAGACGACGGAGUUUCCAAUUGAGCCCGAGAUAACCCUGGAGCUGAUGAUGGCUGCAAACUACCUUGACACUUGAGGAGGAUGAAGUUGAAGGGCCAACUGUUGUGGCAACUCAGGUGUAUUAUGAAUGGAUGAAACAAGUAGUGAACUAUCCCCACCUUGUUUACAUCCAGCAACCAUACGACCUGAUGUGAUCUAACCUGGUGUAGUGUAAUGAAGGAAUGUAAGCAUGGAAUGAGACAUGUAACUUUUGUGCAAGUAUUUUUCUAAUCCGCUAGCAGUGUGUUACAGCCUGUGAUUGUUGGUGCCUAAGACAAACGAAAAAGAAAUAAUCUGUAGCACCUUCCUUUUUGCUGUGGGACUAGUUGAAUCCUCCCUUCA